AUGGCCGCUAAAGAUGCUGCACAAAAAGAAAAAGAAUCACAGAAAGAACAAAUUUAUUAUUCCGAUACAUAUAAAGACGAAAUGUACGAAUAUCGCCAUGUUAUUUUGCCCAAAGAAAUUGCUAAGAAAGUAACGAAAGGUCGACUAUUACCAGAACAUGAAUGGCGACAUCUUGGUGUUCAACAAUCUCUCGGCUGGGUUCAUUUUAUGAUCCAUGAGCCAGAACCACACAUUUUGCUAUUUCGUCGUUCACUCAAAGUUAGUCAACAAGUUCAACAGCAGCGCGCUGCGGCAGCCGCUGCUGCCCAAGCUCAACAACAACAAUCAGCUGCAGCAGGCGGAUGCCCACCUGGAAAACCAUGGGUAUAUUGUUUGAUUGAUCCAUGCACUACAUCUACAUGUCCAGGUGAUAAAAGUGCUACAUGCACUGCUAAUUAUUGUGGUGGAUGCAAUGCAAUUUGGACUUCAGCUAAUGGUAAGUCAGCCAAGUGUAGUACGUGUCCAUCUGGUCAAGGUGUUGUUCAAUGUUUUGUAGACCCGUGCAAAGAUAAGACUUGUCCAAAACAUCCUGACACUAAAUGUGUCGCAAACUAUUGUGGAGGCUACAGUAGUGUCAAACUUGGAACUUGA